GAUCCAAAGUGACAAAACACUUGAAAGGAAAAUGGCGAGUUCGGGAACUUACGUGGGGGAGGUGUCGUUGAAAGGCUCAGCAGGACAACACUACGGAAGGUGGAGGAAUGAGAACAAUCUCUUCCCCGACGCCAUCGGACACCACAUUCAGGCCGUCAACCUCCACCAUGGCGAAUGGCACUCCCAUGGCUCCAUCAGAACCUGGCACUACACCUGCGAGGGAAAACAAGAGGUGUUAAAGGAGAAGAGAGAGAUAGACGAUGAGAAACAGACUCUGACGGCAAUAGGGCUUGAAGGGAACGCCAUGGAAGAGUUAAAGGUGAUUACUUUCAUCUUGCAGUUUGGCCCUAACCCUAACCCUAACCCUAACCCUAGCCAAGGUUGUGUCUGCAAAAUCACUGUGGCAUGGGAGAAACGCAACGAGAAUGCACCCGAACCCAUCAGAUAUUUCAAGUUAGUCAAGCAAAUGGUCGCGGAAAUGGACGAUCACGUCCUCAUUCCCUAACCAAAAUGCCGUAUAACAUUAAGAGGCCUGUCCGAAUGAGAAGCUGCUUUGAUUCGGAUAUAUAUAUAUAUAUAAAGGCUUCAUGAUGAAGGCAUGUUAAACUACUAUAUAUGGGUUUCAUCAAUGUUAUAUACGAAAUAUAUUGAAUAAACCUAAACCCAUAUAUGAAUAUGUUCCUAUAGUAUUGUUCAUCUUUGCAAUGUCGUCGUAUGUGGAGAAUUGUCGCGUCUCAUAUGGACUGUAUGAUAAUGAUAUGAUAUUAUAUCCGAAGACGAGAGUUUGAAUAAGAGCUUUCUGAAUGUUGUUGUUA